UAGGAAUGCCGCCACUCAUUCUUCGGAUUUUGUCUUCAUCUGUUGUCAUUGCUAGACGGGCAGGUGAAGUGAUAAGAGACGUGCUAAGAGGCGGAGAUCUAGGUGUAGUGGAGAAGGGUGUAAAUGAUCCACAGACAGAAGCUGACAGACGAGCACAGCGUUGCAUUGUGUCUUCACUCAAGUAUCAAUAUCCUCAAGUAACUGUGGUGGCAGAAGAGGAACUGGAACCUAGUCCAGCUGAUGACAAGGAUCGAGUAGAUGGGUUUGAAGAGGAAGUUUUAAGAGCUCAGUGUCCAGAAACUCUAACAAAUGUGAAGGAAACUGAUAUUACAGUGUGGGUUGAUCCACUUGAUGGAACAGCUGAAUUCACAGCAGGUGGAUACUUGGAUCAUGUUACAGUGCUGAUUGGUAUUGCUGUUGGUAGUCAACCAAUUGCAGGAGUAGUUUAUCAGCCAUUUUAUAAAAGUGAGUCCGAUCUUGGCAGGACUCUGUGGGGUAUGGUUGGUCUUGGUGUUCAUGGUGACUUCCACCCGACAACACCUACCAAAAGGAGGACUAUUGCAUCUACACGUAGCCAUAAUACCAAGAUUGCUACAGCUGCUGUUGAAGCUAUGCAACCUGAUGUUGUACUGGCUGUUGGAGGAAGUGGAUACAAAUGUCUCUUAGUACUUGAGGGUCAUGCUUCAGCAUAUGUGUUUGCUCAUCCUGGUACAAAAAAGUGGGAUACAUGUGCUCCAAAUGCAUUGCUUCAUGCUGUUGGAGGACACAUGUGUGAUGUGAAGGGUAACUUGUUUGAGUACCAUUGUGGAAUUGCACACAUUAACCACUUGGGUGUACUAGCAACCAUGGCCGAUGUAGAUUGGUAUGUUGGAAAAAUCCCACCUGAGGUGAGUGAGAUUCUAAGCAAGAAUAUGCCCAAUGAAUGAAUUGGCAAUCACUUGAAUUACAUAGCACUCCAUUAACUUACUGUAAACAUUGUUGGAAGAAUGGAUCCAAAAUAGACAUGAAACAAUAGUGACAGUUUACUGCUAGUUUUGUUUUAGAUGCAUAUUUACAACAUAAUGAUUUAACAUAUGUUACAUGUCAUGUAGAAGUCUUCUUCAAUGAAUUAUGUGUAUAC